AUGGCGCGGAUGGAGCGCCUCUGCCUCUACGCGGGGCUGGCGCUCUGCGUGGCCGUAUUGGCUGGCGCCCGGACUGUGGGCAAGGAGGAAGAAGCCGCCCCCGCUGACCUCGAGUCGGCCGCCUCCCACUGGGGACAUGGAGGCGGAGGAGGCGGUGGCCACGGGGGCCACGGGGGCGGUGGUGGUGGCCACGGGGGCGGCGGUGGCGGCACCGGCGGCCACGGCGGACACCACUUCGAGAAAGGUGGUGGCCACGAACACCACUCUGGCCACCACGGCGGCCACGGCCACAAGGGUGACAAAGGAUACAAGGGAUACCAUGAGCACGAGAAAGGUUCAAAGGGCCACCACGACAAGGAAGGGCACAGUGGACACUACUCUGAUCACGGAGGCAAGAAGAAGAGCCAUCACGAGGAGGGCGGUCACUACGGAGAACAUCACUACGGCGAGAAAGGCGAGAAGGGCGCCAAGUAUGGGGAAGGUGGCAAGCAUUCCAAGGGUCACAGCACCAAGGGCGGCCACUCAGUGCACAAGAAGGACGAGUAUGGAAAGAAGCACGAGUUUUACGAUGAACACCACGAGGGUGGGCACCACAGCAAACACGGAGAACACGGCUCGCACCAUGAAGGAAAGAGUGGUGGACACAAGAAGGGAGGCCACUACCACGGCGGCCACCACGAGGGCCAUCACGGCAAGAAAGGCCAUCACGAGAAGGGAGGACACCACCACGACCACAAGGGUCACAAGUCCGCUGGGGGUCAUGACUCGCACCACGGACACCACUCUGAUUAUGGGAAGAAGGGAGGUCAUUCCGAACACCACGAGUGGGGACACAGCAGUGGAGGCGGCGGUGGUGGCGGCGGCGGUGGUCACGGAGGCGGCGGUGGUGGACACGGAGGCGGCGGUGGCGGCCACGGAGGCGGAGGACACGGAGGCGGAGGUGGUGGUGGACACGGUGGACACGGAGGCGGCGGCGGUGGCGGACAUGGUGGACAUGGCGGAGGAGGCGGCGGUGGACACGGUGGACACGGAGGCGGCGGUGGUGGCGGACAUGGCGGACACGGCGGAGGAGGCGGCGGUGGACACGGUGGACACGGAGGCGGCGGUGGUGGCGGACAUGGCGGACACGGAGGCGGCGGUGGAGGACACGGAGGAUGGGGACAUGGAGGCGGCGGUGGUGGACACGGAGGCGGCGGCGGCGGCCACGGUGGACACGGAGGCGGCGGUGGCGGACACGGAGGAUGGGGACACGGAGGCGGCGGUGGUGGACACGGAGGCGGCGGAGGCGGACAUGGAGGAUGGGGACAUGGAGGCGGUGGACACGGAGGCGGCGGCGGCGGACAUGGAGGCGGCGGCCAUGGUGGUUGGGGACACGGAGGUGGUGGCCAUGGUGGUGGAGGAGGUGGACAUGGGCACGGGUGGUGA